CAGUCAGUCAGUCGGUCAGUCAGUGAGACUUCUUUCCGAGGGCGGCGACGCCACCGGAACGCGUCGCCGGUUGUAAUCACAAGUUAAACGACUCAAGUGGCAAUUUCCGGUAUCACUGUGAGGCAGGCGAAGAGGCGAGCCUACCGGGAUCCUCGCAGCAGCAACAGGGCGCCCGAGGCAGCCAGCGAGAUGUCCGUGUCUGCUCCAGCCUGGAGCCUCGAAGGGAAAAAGCGCGACGGCCGAACCGCGACGCCGAGCCUCCUGGCCGGCCGAGGAUGCGAAUGGUGACGAGGCGGCGGAGUCCACGACUACUACCCGAACAGAGAGGAUGUAGCGUCGCCGUCGCGGCUUUUCCGACUAACGUCCGUAGAAUAGAGGAUAGAUAGUGAAGCUAGCUAACGUUUACAUGUAAACUUGCUCGCGGAGGAGCGGAGGGGGAACUGUGGAACCGAAGCCGCCGGCGCGGGAGUCUCUUCGGGGCAGGAGAGUUUUGGAAAUCAAGAUGCUACGAAGAAGCCUCAACCGACUGCUUAAAGGCGAUGAAAGAAGAGUAGACAGUAGGACAAUCUACGUUGGUCAUCAGCCAGGUUCUGCCAGCGAGCCUUUCAUCCCGCCAAAGUUUUGUGACAACAGAAUUGUGUCGUCCAAGUAUACCGUGUGGAACUUUUUACCAAAGAACUUGUUUGAACAGUUCAGAAGAAUUGCCAAUUUCUACUUCCUUAUCAUCUUCCUGGUGCAGGUGAUAGUGGACACCCCCACCAGCCCAGUCACCAGUGGCCUACCUUUAUGUUUUGUGAUUACAGUGACAGCGAUCAAGCAGGGCUAUGAGGACUGGCUACGACACAAGGCUGACAAUGAGGUGAACAAGUAUCCUGUGACAGUGCUUGAAAAUGGUCGGAGGCUACGGAAGGAGAGUGAGAAGAUCAAGGUGGGAGAUGUUUUAGAGGUGGAAGAAGAUGAGACCUUUCCCUGUGAUUUAAUCCUGCUCGCAUCCAGCAGGGGUGACGACACCUGUUUUGUUACCACUGCUAGUCUGGAUGGAGAGUCCAACCAUAAAACACACUACACUGUUCCAGACAUAGAAAAGGAUCUGGAAUCCCUCAGUGCUACUUUGGAGUGUGAACAGCCUCAGCCUGACCUUUAUAAGUUUGUCGGCCGUAUGCACAUCUACAAAAGCAAUCAAGAGCCUGCAGUGAGGUCUUUGGGCCCGGAGAAUUUGCUGCUAAAAGGGGCAACUUUAAAGAAUACUCAGAAGAUCUCUGGUGUUGCUAUUUACACUGGCAUGGAGACCAAAAUGGCUCUCAAUUAUCAAGGCAAGUCUCAGAAACGCUCUGCUGUGGAGAAGUCCAUCAAUGCCUUCCUUUUGGUGUACCUUUGCAUUUUGGUGAGCAAGGCCCUGGUGUGCACUACGCUCAAGUAUGUGUGGCAAAGCAAGCUUGGGCAGGAUGAUCCUUGGUACAAUGAGAAAACCCAGAAAGAGAAGGACACCAAUCUGUAUCUAAAGAUGUUCACUGACUUCCUGUCAUUCAUGGUGCUCUUCAACUUCAUAAUUCCCGUGUCCAUGUAUGUGACGGUUGAGAUGCAAAAGUUUUUGGGAUCCUUUUUCAUCACCUGGGACAAGGACUUUUUUGACCCUGAAAUCAAGGAGGGGGCGCUGGUCAACACCUCUGACCUCAAUGAGGAACUCGGUCAGGUGGAGUAUGUCUUCACAGACAAGACGGGUACCCUCACUCAGAAUAACAUGGAGUUCAUCGAGUGCUGCAUCGAUGGAUUCCAGUACAAGCAUCAAGACGCAAACUCAGAGUUAGAUGGAUUUUGUGUCACAGAUGGCCCCGUGAGCAGACUAAAGGAAAAAGCUGGCAGGGAGCGUGAGGAGCUGUUUCUGCGCGCCCUUUGUCUGUGCCACACGGUCCAGGUGAAGGAGUCACCUGUGCCGAUUCAGGUCCAAGACAGCAGAAUGGCCGACCAGGUGGAUUCCCUCGGAGUGGAUGCCAUCGUGUUCCGUGUCCCCCUGGAUGAGAGGGGCUUGAUAGCGUCCUCCCCUGAUGAGGUCGCCCUGGUCAAGGGGGCCAUGAGGUAUGGCUUCACAUUUCUGGGUCUCGAAAGUAAAGCCAUGAAAAUCCUCAACAGGAGCCAUGAAGUUGAAGUUUAUGAACUACUUCAUGUGCUGAAUUUUGACCCAGUGAGAAGACGGAUGAGUGUAAUUGUCAAAUGCAAAUCAGGUGAUAUUGUGCUCUUCUGCAAGGGAGCAGACUCCUCAAUUUUCCCUCGCGUCAGACAGGAAGAAGUGGGACCGAUACGUGUGCACGUGGAGCGGAAUGCAAAGGAGGGCUACAGAACACUGUGUGUGGCUUACAAACUACUCAGCACGGAGGAGUAUGCCCGGGCGGAUGCACACCUGAGGGAAGCCAGGCUGGCUUUGCAGGACAGAGAGGAGAAACUCAUGGCUGUUUAUAAUGAGGUGGAGACUGGCAUGAGUCUCAUCGGUGCGACUGCAGUUGAAGAUCGACUUCAAGAAGAGGCUGCAGAAACAAUGGAGGCUCUGCAGGGGGCAGGCAUUAAGAUCUGGGUCCUGACGGGGGACAAAAUGGAGACAGCAAAGUCCACCUGUUUCGCCUGUCGCCUGUUUCAGCGGUCCACUGAGCUGUUUGAGCUAACAGUGCGCACUCUUGAAGAAGGAGGUCGGAAGCGCGAGGAACGACUGCACGAGCUCUUACUCGAGUAUCACAAGAAAGCAGUGCAGGAUGCGCCAUCCUUAGAAAACAGUGUCAGCAGGAACUGGUCAGUUACCAACCAUGAAUACGGUUUUAUUAUUGAUGGAGCCACUCUGUCAAUGGUGCUCAACUCCACCGAUUCCAACUCCAGCCACUACAAGAAUCUCUUCCUACAGAUUUGCCAAAAUUGCACCGCUGUGCUGUGCUGCCGCAUGGCUCCAUUGCAAAAGGCCCAGAUAGUAAAACUGGUAAAGAACUCUAAAGGUAACCCGAUUACACUCUCCAUUGGUGAUGGCGCAAAUGAUGUCAGCAUGAUUUUGGAAGCUCAUGUUGGCAUUGGCAUUAAGGGUAAAGAAGGUCGACAGGCUGUGAGGAACAGUGACUACGCCAUUCCCAAACUAAAGCACCUGAAGAAACUCCUGCUGGCCCAUGGACAUCUGUACUAUGUUCGCAUUGCACACUUGGUGCAGUAUUUCUUUUACAAGAACCUGUGCUUCAUCUUACCUCAGUUUUUGUACCAGUUUUUCUGUGGCCAUUCCCAGCAGCCCCUCUAUGAUGCAGCCUAUCUGACGAUGUACAACAUCUGCUUCACCUCUAUGCCCAUCCUGGCUUACAGCCUCUUGGAGCAGCACAUCAGCAUUCAGGCUUUGCUGAGCAAUGCUCCCCUAUACAGAGAGAUUCGUAAGAAUGCCAUGUUGCGAUGGCAACCCUUCCUCUACUGGACAUUACUGGGGGUCUUCCAUGGUUUGGUCUUCUUCUUCGGUGUCCGAUGUAUGUUUAGGAACUCGGCCCUGCAGGAUGACGGCCAGGUUUAUGGAAACUGGUCCUAUGGCACAAUUGUCUUCACUGUCCUUGUCUUCACUGUCACACUAAAGCUUGCUCUGGACACUCGACACUGGACAUGGAUCAACCACUUUGUAAUAUGGGGCUCUCUUGCGUUUUACAUGCUUUUCAGCUUCUUCUGGGGAGGAAUUAUUUGGCCGUUCCUGAGGCAGCAGCGUUUGUAUUUUGUGUUUGCCACCAUGCUGAGUUCUGUGUCAGCCUGGCUGGUCAUCAUCCUGCUCAUCGGGCUCAGCCUACUGCCAGAGAUCCUUCUGGCCGUCUUCCGCAAGCCCUGCAGUCCCUGUUCUCAGAUGAAGCACCGCCUUCCUUCCUCGGGGACUUCUACCAUCUUCAUGUUGUCGCAGACCGCUAGCACGCACAGCUUCUCAUGGAGUGACUGAGGCGUGUGUCUCCCUGCUGCCACAGCAUGUGCAGUGCAGUCUGGUCAAUUCAGCACACCCAAGCAUCCCAGUCUGCAUGAGGCUCAAGUCAGCAACCAGAUAAUGGACACACACCGCAAAACCCCCUUCUGGCCACUCCAUUCUGUUUGUCUAUGUGUGUGUAUGUUUAGUGUGCUUCAGAGUUCAGGGCACGAGUGGGAGAACUUUUGAUUUUUGAACAUUUGUUUUUUAAAAUGGACAGAUGGGCCAAAUCGAUUGGCAUUUUCUUAUUUGUAAUUAUACAGUAAUUAUGGCUAACCAAUUGUGUCGUAAAAAAUGUUAAAUGUGUGGUGUUCCUCGCAUAAUCUCAGACUUUAUUGCUUUGGCGCCAUUUUCUGGCAUCUACAGCAAUUCUUAACCUUUUUGGGGGGAUUUCAAUUACCCGCGGUGUUCGCUAUAACGCAUAUAACGGCGGAACGCGAAUAACGGCGGAACACUGUGUGUAAACAUUUUUUUUACAAUUGUUGGUUUUACUUACAACAUAAUGUAAUAGAUCAAUUAAACUGUUAAAUAAAACAUUAUUACGUACUGUACAUUUUAAUUACCCACUUGUUAGGACAAAUGGCUUAAUAAUGGCCGAAACGUAUUUGCAGGAUUUUCUGAUUGCCGGAUUUCACCUUGACGAAUAACAUUCUGCAAGAAAACUUUUUCAAAAUAAGUGCACUUUUCAGAUAGGUUUUGCUUUUCAGCCUUUACAUGAUAAUGGAUCAUACAGGAUUUUCAAAAUGCAAAUGCUUGGUAGGCCGGACAAAAUAACAGAGUAGGCUCUACGUGUCUCACGGGCCUUACUUUGCCCAUCCCUGAUAUAGGUGCUGGACCUAUAAUUAUAUUGUAUGUCAUGUUAAAUGUUAAAUGUUCAAAUAGAGUAGCUACAUGAGUCUCAAACAAUUGAGUCAAAAAUGUAACUUUAACGGUGGUAAGCAAAGAAGGAGCAGGUAUUAUAUUUGUCUGAUUUACUGUUGGAAGAGGUGUUUUAAAAACCUUGUCAAUGUUCAUGUGUCUCGCUGUAUCAAGUCCUCUUUUGUAUAUUUCUACUGCUUGUGUCUGACAGCAAUCAUAAGACAGAGUAAGGCCUGGUACACACAAGGAUUUUUCAAAUCUUUAUGGAUUUUUUGAUCUGUCUGACAGACCCCACACACAAAGAUAAAAAUCGGGCAUUUAACAGUUUUGGUCAUAUUGUGUGUAGUGUGUUCCGAUAAUCGCAACACAUAACACCACACGCAUAAGGAUUCUGUUCCACCACUGAUCUACAAACAAGUCAGCGAAGGCAGAUACAGUAUAUCACAUGAUCACACGUGAUCUCACAAAAACGAAGAGGGGGAGACCCUUCCGGUUAUGUGCAGAGUGUUGUCGAAGGGACAAAAAAAAAAAUAAAACUUUGGAAAAUACUUAUCGUCUGGGGAACCCACUUUUACACAAAAAACAACAUCGGGUAAGAUAUGUUUGUUUUUAUUUACGGUCAUUUCCUUGUUCGUCACUAAGGGCACUUCUUGAUUGGCUACAUUCCAUUUCACGUCACAAUUCCCGGAGUCAUGACUCGGGGAGACGUCGGCUUUCCCCACACCCACACGCACAAAGAUUUUUGGUCGUACAUAUUGAACUCGUUAAAUAUUUAAGAUUUUCGGCCCGACCCAUUUCUUACUAUCGAGUCGGGACAAAUUACUCUCAACACACCUCAGACGUAAGGAUAAUCUUCUAUGAUAAUCUUAUAAGACAUACGAUUGCCUGGCGUUUGACGUCCUUUGUUGGGAAAGAGCAAAAUCGAGACGAAACCAGCCCGAUGGUCUUUGUGUGUACUAGGCCUAAGGCCAUGUAUGUGUGUGCUUGUAUGAGGGGCCAUAAGGAACCUAAUUCAGGAUUACCUCUCAUACGCACUAUUGAAGCACUCUCACAUUCAACUCUCAUGUUUUUCACUCACACAAGUGAAAACGCUCUUACACUAGUGAAACACUUAAACACGAGUGAAAUGCCCUUAUAGACACUAGUGAAACACUCAUACACAAAAAGGUUGUUUUUUUUUCACUCACAUCCACGAGUGAAACGUACUUACUGGUUGGUGAAACACACAAUAGUGAAAUGCUCAAACACUAAGCUCUCAUACAGACAGCUGAAUUUUAAUUUUUUAUAUUGAUUUAUUUUUUUGCUCCCUUUCAGUGGUAAAACACCCUCAGACACACUACUAAUAGUCUCAUACACACUACUGGAAUGCUCUCACACUCUAGUGAAAUGCUUGGAUACACACAACCUUUUUGCCGCACACACCACUGCUAAAACGCUCUCAUAGAGACUGCUGAAACACCCACACACUCAGGCCAGUCAAACGUUCUUAUAGACCAUGUGUCAAACUGGUGGCCCGGGGGCCAUAUUUGCCCCGCCACAUCAUUUUAAGUGGCCAGCCAAAGCAAUCAUGUGCGGCGACUUAAAUGUUUUUGCUGAAAUACUAAAAUUGCAAAUGGCCUUCCCUUUCAAUAACGUUGCGAUAUUAAGGAUUUUUUUGUUACCAAGCCCCCUCUUGAAGUAAAUUGCAUACGAGUUGAACAGUUUUUUUUUUUUUUUACUGGCGUCUGAUUUCAAAACUAGUUAUCCAACAAUUUGUUGUUUAUAUGUACAACCCCAAUUCCAAUGAAGUUGGGACGUUGUCUUAAACAUAAAUAAAAACAGAAUACAAUGAUUUGCAAAUCAUGUACAACCUAUAUUUAAUUGUAUACACUACAAAGACUAGAUAUUUAAUGUUGAAACUGAUACACUUUAUUGUUUUUAGCAAAUAAUCAUUAACUUAGAAUUUUAUGGCUGUGACACAUUCCAAAAGAGCUGUGACAGGUGGCAAAAAAGACUGAGAAAGUUGAGGAAUGCUCAUCAAACACCUGUUUGGAACAUCCCACAGGUGAACAGGCUAAUUGGGAACACGUGGGUGCCAUGAUUGGGUAUAAAAGGAGCUUCCCUGAAUUGCUCAGUCAUUCACAAGCAAAGAUGGGGCAAGCUUCACCUCUUUGUGAACAAGUGCGUGAGAAAAUAGUCGAACAGUUUAAGGACAAUGUUCCUCAACGUACAAUUGCAAGGAAUUUAGGGAUUUCAUCAUAUACGGUCCAUAAUAUCAUCAAAAGGUUCAGCGAAUCUGGAGAAAUCACUGGAUGUAAGCGGCAACGCCGAAAACCAACAUUGAAUGCCCGUGACAUUCGAUCCCUCAGGCGGCACUGCAUCAAAAAACAACAUCAAUGUGUAAAGGAUAUCACCACAUGGGCUCAGGAACACUUCAGAAAACCAGUGUCAGUAAAUACGGUUCGGCGCUACAUC